AUGUGGGCCAAUGGCACUACACCCUACCCUAGUACUAGGGAUCACACAGAGCACAGAGAAGGUGUAGGCAUGGGGCUGCGGUCUGGGGAAUUUCCGGCCAUUUCAAUAUCAACUGUGCUUUGUUUCAAUUGGCAUUUAUACGAAGAUUGGAAGAGUCAUAUGGUUCCGAGUUUCCAUCUUCUAGAAGAGUGCGUAGAAGUCUAA